UCACUUUGUCUCUGGUUGCAAUUUGAUGUUUUGAUCCGUAUGCCCAUUGUCAUUACAGCAGUGUACUAGUAUAUCUACACGUCUAAAUUUUCGAAAACAUCUAGAUUUGUGUCUCAAAUCGUCAUCCGGUUUUUUUCCUGCAGUCUCUACCUGCCCUCAGUACACUUUCACAAGGCAUAAGAAAAUCUGCACAAACCUACAAUAAGCGUGAUAUACACACCAGAAAUAUUGCCAACAUGGGUCAAGAAGCAUCUCAACCUCAAAUCAAUCCAGAUGAUCCUCCCCAUACGCUUUCAGCCCGUUCAAUCGAAGGAGUUGCGGAUUUCAUCAAGAGUGGCAAAGCAAAGAACAUCGUUGUUUUGACAGGAGCUGGCAUAUCCACUAGUGCGGGCAUACCAGAUUUCCGUUCACCAGAGACCGGCAUAUACGCCAAUCUUGCCGAACUGAAUCUUCCUUAUGCAGAAGCGGUUUUCGAUAUCGACUUCUUCCGCGAAAAUCCAGCUCCUUUCUAUGUUCUGGCAAAAGAACUCUAUCCUGGCAAAUUCUACCCUACAGUAUCACAUGCUUUCGUUGCGUUGAUCGAAAAGAAAGGAUUGCUCAGAAUGCUUUUCACACAAAAUAUUGAUUGUUUGGAACGUCGAGCCGGAGUCUCUUCGGAAAAGGUCAUCGAAGCACAUGGAAGUUUCGCUACUCAGAGGUGCAUUGAUUGCAAGAGUGAAUACCCCGACGAUAUGAUGAAGAAAGCUAUAGAAGAUGCAGACCCAGCAACUUGUCUGGUUCCACAGUGUGGUGGUUUAGUUAAACCAGAUAUUGUGUUCUUUGGCGAACAACUACCGGAAGCCUUUCACACCCACAAAAUGAUUCCCGCUACUGCUGAUCUUGUCAUUGUGAUGGGCACCAGCUUGAGUGUUCACCCAUUCGCAUCAUUGCCAACCCUUGCCCCCGAGACGGUCCCAAGACUGCUGUUUAACAUGAUCUCCGUGGGCGAUUUUGGCAGUAGGUUGGAUGAUGUGGCUGUUCUUGGUGACUGCGAUAGUAGCGUUAGGAAACUAGCAGAUGCCUUGGGAUGGAGAGACGAAUUGGAAGAAUUGUGGGUUUCGGUUGGAGGGAAUACAAAACAGAAAGAAGCUGAAAAGGCUGAGGAAGCCAGGCUCAAUAUGUCAAGAGACGAACUCUUUGAAGCAGAUAUCAAAGAGCUCACAGGUGAAAUUGAUGAAGCACUAAAGUUUUCCAGUAACCAUACACAUAGAGUAAACGCCGAUCUCCAGAAAAACUCGGCUGCAAAGUUGGCAUCCCCUACUUUAGCUCCUGAAGAUACGCCGUCGCGACCCCCUCCAGAUUUUGCUGCCGAUAAGGGUUCGCUUCUGAAAGAUAUCACGAAUGGAAUACCACUGAAACAAGCAACGACAGUUGUUCGAUCCACUCCAAUCAUAGACGAAAACCACACCGCAACUAAAUCCACGUCCGUGGAUCUAAAUUCCACCACUUAUGAGCGUGUUAAAGACUCAAGUGUUGUGCUCGACGUCACUAUGCCCCAAAAUAUGCCAAACUCAUCCAAUACCACCACAACUCCUUGAUAAUGGCCACCAAACCUGCUAUUAAAGACCAAGGCCAGAAGAUUGACAGAGUGAUCAUAUGAUGUAAUCUGAACAUCAAAUUUUACCUCCUCACUUCACUAGGUACUUCAAGCGGUAAAUCUCUGUAAGAUGUCGUUAGUAGAGCUGGCUCUGAGGUAGAAAAUUAGCACGUACUUAGGAAUGAAGCAAGAGAAUUACUGUCAGUCAGAGCCAUUAUAAAUGAAAUACGC